AUGGAUAUUAUGCAAGAUAUCGAAAGCAAGAGCAACAAUUUCUUCACUGCCAUGAAGGACGUCGUGCUUCCACUUCUGGGUGACAAGGAGCGAUUCUAUCAAAACAAGGAGACGCCAUUUGCGAGUGUGCGACCACACAAAUCGCUGGAUCCGCAGCCUACAGGAGAACUGACAAUGCAACCUAGGCUUCAAUCUCAGCUGAAACCAUACCAGCUUCGAGGGCUGUCGUUUCUGUUGUAUCUCCGAGACAACGGGAUUGGUGGAAUCCUUGCAGACGAGAUGGGUCUGGGAAAAACCAUCCAGACGCUUGCACUCUUCCAGCACAUAAAAAAGCACGAUAACACUGUGCGAGUUGAUGAGCCCGGUCCGUUCUUGAUCGUCUGUCCGUUCAGUGUAAUGGAGACUUGGCUUUCGGAGACAAUCAAGUGGACACCGGAGCUCACGUCGAUCAAGUUUCACGGAACACCAAGCAAAAAGGAGGCAGUCAUGAAGCUUUUGAGUACUGUCAGAGGUAAAAACCGUAGGAGUUCGAAAUCUGCGGUGGAUAUUGUUAUAACCUCUUAUGAAACUCUGACCUCAGAUAUCAAAUGGUUCCGAAAGUUCGUAUGGCAAUAUGUUGUUCUUGACGAGGGCCAUCGCAUCAAGAAUAACCAAUCCCAGAGAGCACAGGCAAUACAUAAGAUCAGUGCCGAAUACAGGCUCGUCCUCACAGGGACACCGGUGCAGAAUGAUCUCAGGAAAUUGUGGUCGAUAUUUCAUUGGCUUUACCCUCAUGUCUUCAUUCCAUCUACCGCGGAGCCUUUCGAAGAGGCGUUUUCGCUGGCUGACGGGAAGUUCAACCCCGAAUUCUUUGAGCAGGUCCAAAAGUUCCUUGGUCUGAUUAUGCUACGAAGGGUUAAGGAAUCACCAGAAGUAGGGCUUUCUAUUCCCCUCAAGACAGAGAUUGUGCUAUCGGUACCUCUAUCAGAGUUUCAACGUUCGUUGUAUUUGAGAAUACUUACCGGCAUAGAGAAUUCCAUUCUCGGCGGACACGACGGCAUUCCAUUCAACCAUAGACGUCGGACGGACACAGAAAACCAGUCUAAUGUGAUCCGUGAGCAGGAUGAUGGCUCCAUUGAGGGGCCAUUCAGGCGAUCUUCAGCAGAAUACUCCGAAAAGAAAAAGUACAGGAUAUUGAGCAAUAUCCUAAUGGAGCUGCGCAAGUGUUCCAUUCAUCCGUAUCUGUUGGAUGAUGCAAUUCCGGAUCCUUACGAACUCGGAGCACAUGUUAUCACAAACUCUGGAAAAUACAUCGUGCUCCUUAAGAUGGUUCAGCAUUUUGUACUGGAGAGAGGAAGGAAAAUAAUCAUAUUUUCGAACUUCAAUCAAGCUUUGAAUCUUUGUGAGGAUCUUUUGUUGACUAUCCAGAAGAACGGCGAUCCUGUGAGAUAUGUUCGAUUAGACGGGAGCACAUCCAAUGCACGACGAAACCUCUCGAUUUACCUCUUCCAGAAUGAUCCCAGGUAUAUGGUCUUCUUAAUUUCGAUAAGGGCUGGCGGCGAAGGACUCAAUCUGGUCAGUUCCUCAACGGUUAUCUUCUUGGAUGAAGACUGGAACCCCCAAGUCAUGCGACAGGCUGAAGCAAGAGUCCACCGAAUUGGACAGAAACACCCCGUGAGAAUCUUUAAGCUCCAGUCAAAAGGCACUGUGGAGGAACAGAUCAGCCGUCGAAUUGUUAAGAAGGCAUAUGUUGCCACCAAGAUUAUGGAGGAUAUAAAUGCAGCACAUGAUAUGAAAGCUUUUGCUAAUAUGAUUGACUCUCGGGGAUUAGCCUAUGUGAUGGAUACGGAGGACUUAUCCGCGCUAGUCCACAGUCGAGCAGUUCUGACGUCUAUCCAAUCGAGUGCAACGGAAUUGAACUGGUUCGGCUGGAAAACGAUCCUCAAAGCUUGGCUUGCGUGCACGGAGCGUGUCAAAACCAAUAUUUUCGAUGGCAAAAAGGUCGACACAAGAUUCAGAUCGUUUUCUGUGUACGAAGCUCUGCCUAAAGAUCUCUGUCGAGCGGAUAGACGCAUUGGAAAGGAGAGGACUGUUAUGAUCGAUGGCUUCUCAGUGGGAAAGGACAGUAUCCGGCUUGAGACCUUGUCCAAAAAGAGAGAAUGUUCAAGUCUGCUACAGAGGGACUCGAAGGAGAAAAUGACACACGAAGCCGAAGUUCAACCCUCAAGAAUGCGAUUUAUGUCCAUUGGCGUUUCACAAAGAAUGUCUCCAGCCGGUAGGCAAACUGCGCCGUGGCGCAAAGAGACUUGCAGGAGGGCUUCUAUACUGCUGUACAACCUGCAUUGA